UUAGUAUUUGGAGAUCUUCUUUCUUUCAUCGUGACGCUUUUUGUUGAUGUUUGUGUGAUUCAUCGCUAAAUUCGAAGUUUAUAACUUAAUCUUUACAUAAAUCAUUUUUUGGGAAGUGUUAUUUUUGUCUUCGAUCAUUUUAAUCCUAUUUCAAACAAAUAUAAAAUUUGCUCUUGUGUUUAUACAUUUGUCGUCUAAUUCUUGCAUAUUUGUACCUGAUAUUUUCUUUCUUAUCCGUAAAACUUUUUGCUAUGUCGGGGGAAUUUAAUCUCGCAACUCCUGGCAAUCUUUAUAGUGGUUCAAUAUAUUGUUUCGAUGGAGAUAUCAAGUUAAUAUUAUUUUGAUACCUUUCGAGAAAAUUCUCUGUUUAUAAUACGAAUGUGUAUCAGUCUUUUUGGACGAGAAUCAGGUAGAUGGGGGAGGGAUGGGUGGGGAAAGACAGUGAGGAUGCAUUAAUCACUUAAUUAUACUGUACAACUGUAGAACAAAUUUUCAACCAAACUGAGUAUUUUUCGCCAUUAGGUCUUGCUGGGUCUUGGAAGUUUGCAACUCUUUCUUUUCUUCACUUCUGCAAACAGUAGGGAUAUUGGUAAGUGAAUGUUUUAUUUCUUAUAACCAGUUUGUAAUCCUCUGGAAUGAGUUAUGAUCGGGUUUUAAGAAACAGGGCGUUUCAACUUAAUGACGACAGUAUCAGGCUUACUUUGGCAGCGCUAAAUGAUCAAAACUAUGCGCACGCAUCUAUUGCCAGGCACGCGUUUUAGUGGGCAAAUUCUUGUGCGUGACGCUUGUGUAUGCAAACAAACCACAGCUCACAGCUGACGUAUCUCGUGUUUGAUUAGCUUUCUCAUCUCCGAUGUAGCAACAUUCGACAAAUAAUUUCCAAUCUUCAGGGUUUUUUUAGAGCGCUUUUUUCCCAUUAGCCAAAGACUGUGUGGACCUUCUUGAAAAAGGUUUCAAACGGAAUGGCGUGUACCUCAUCAAACCCGAUAGCCAAGAACCUUUCCACGUCUUUUGCGAUCAAAACACCAAUGGAGGAGGCUGGAUUGUUUUUCAAAAACGUUUCGACGGAUCUGAGGACUUCGACAGAAACUGGUCUGAUUACAAGAAUGGAUUUGGAAACCUUACACAAGAAUUUUGGUUGGGAAAUGACAGAAUCUACCGACUGACUGAUCAACAUCACGAACUACUGGUGGAGCUCGAAGAGUAUGCUAAAUCAGUGACGCAUGCGCGUUAUAGCUAUUUUAGCAUUGGUUCUGAGGAAAAUGGGUACGAGCUUCACUUGGGUUCUUAUAGAGGGAGUGCAGGAGAUGUUCUCACAUAUCACAAAAAUGUGAAAUUCUCUACAAAAGAUGAGAAAAAUGAUGAAGGUUGCUCCCAAGAGUAUCGUAGUGGAUGGUGGUACAAGGGUUGUAAUAUGAGUAACUCCGGCGUUAACCUCAACGGCUUUAACUUAGGCAGAAGUCCAAGAAUUUCCACGGGGUCGAUGAAUUUAUUACCUAAAAAGUCUACCUCCAUGAAAAUCAGAGGAUUGACAGGUGUGAAGGAUCUCUUUUUUCUUGUAAAAGUUUUUCAUAUCGGAAAUUAUAAUCAUCUCGUUACUGGAGCAUGCUUAUUCAUUGACUCUUCAAAAUUCAUAUUUUCCAAACUGUUCUCAACUCAUCUCCCCUGGCUAGUAAGGAAAAUUGUUUGACAAUCAAUAGCUUCUUUAGUUGGUAAUCAUUUCCUUUAUACCCAUGAACUUAAUGUUUGACUCAGGGGUGAUGUUGUGAGAAGAAAUUAGGUAUUAGUCACCCUUAAGAUUUAAAGGAUUAACAGAUCUCUGAUUAAGUUUAUCUCGAUAAAUCCGAGUACGGCACUGAUCGUCUCCAUUGCUUAUUUUUAGAUACUGAAUGGGACUACUCUAUAGAUUUGAUUCAAAAAGCUAAUUUCACACACGCAGUGAUUUCAAAUAUAACUGAACUCCAUGAACUGUCAGCAUGCUGGUGGAUAAGACUGCGUGACCUCAAGGUCACGCAAAGUGUCACGGUGUUUUCGACUGGGGAUCCAUCACAAAGCAGAGUUGCGUUUUCCAUCCAAGGCCCGUCUUUGUAUAGAGUUACAGUCAAUGGCAGUGACCAGUAA